UCUACAAACUACGCAAAAUAGACUUAGUGUGGAAAACCCUACUGAAGCUCUCAGAAAGUCAGAUAUAGUUCAAACAGUCAUGGAGCUGAAAUCUUCCAUCAACGAUACAUGGAAAGUCUUCGCCCUUGGAACUUUAAUUGGGUGGCUCUUACUUUUUCUUAUUUUUGAAAAAACCAAUCACAAUAUGAGUCUUAUUACAGCUGCUAGAAACACACUGAUAAAUCCUUUCAACAUCAUAGAUGAACCAAAUUUCACCCUUAACGACAAGUCAAGCAAAGAGAAGAAAUGCAAUAUGUUUGAUGGACGAUGGGUCUAUAAACCAGAACAGAAUCCAAGCUAUGAUCCACUCAAGUGUCCAUUUCUUGAAGAAAAAAUGAGCUGCCAAAGGAAUGGGAGGCCAGAUUUCGCCUACGAACAAUGGGAAUGGGAAGCUAGAGAUUGCAAUAUACCAUUGUUAAAUGGAACAGACAUGGUGGAGAAAUUGAGAAACAAAAGAGUAAUCUUAGUGGGAGAUUCAAUGAACAGAAACAUGUGGGAAUCUCUUGCUUGUAUUCUGUAUUCCUCCAUUCCUGCUAAUGGAGCUAUUGUUCAUGACGACAGCACAGUCCCAAAGAUCACCUUGAAAGCAAAGGAAUUUAACCUCACAGUUGAAUUUUAUUGGAGCCCGUUUCUUACCGAGUUUAAUUCAAACCAUGAAAGCGGUAAAAAAGUUCUAUUCCUUGACAAGCUUUCACCCAAUUCCAUGUUUUGGGCAGGAGCUGAUAUCAUGGUUUUCAACUCUGGUCAUUGGUGGGCUCAAACUGGAAAAUACAAAAGAUGGGAUCUACUCGAAUAUGAAGGGAAGCUGAUUGAAGAUAUGCCACUAGAGGUGGCAUAUGAACGGGGCAUGAGAACAUGGAGAACAUGGAUCGAGAAAAAUGUGGAUCCAAAGAAAACAAGUGUAUUUUUCAGGAGCAUUUCCACUGAACAUAAAACUCGCAGUCAUGAUCAAUGGUGCUACAAUAAAACCCAACCUAUAAAAGAUGUGUCCUAUAAAUCGUACUAUCCCAAACCUUUCGUAGAUACUAUAGAAAGGUUGAUAAAAGAGAUGAGCAAACUUAAAGUGAGGUACUUGAACAUCUCUAAGUUGUCAGAAUAUAGAAUAGAUGCACAUCCUUCAAUGUAUAGGUUUCAAGACUGGAAGAAUCUAACUAAAUUAUAUGAAGAUAAUCUCCCAUCUUAUGCUGAUUGCAGUCAUUGGUGCCUUCCUGGAGUUCCCGAUACUUGGAAUAGAUUAUUGUAUGUUUCUUUAUUUUUUGAUAGUACUUUGGGAGAUCUAACUAGGUCUUAGCAUAUUUGAAAUUUUUUUGUCAAUA